UUCAUAUCCCAUGGACGUAACUAUGUACGAAAUUUAUGUCUUAUGACAAUAAUUAAUAAGCCUCCUGUUACUGACUUUUGCAAUCUGAUGUAUAUAGGACCUGAAGUUAGAAGUUAAGUGAUAUCAUAAAUUUUUUCAAUGGAAGGUGAAGCUCAAGAACACAAAGCGAUGGAGUUCAAGGAGAAGGAGGAAGAAGAGGUAACAGAGCCAGUGAGCCCAACUGGACAGUACUUCAACAGCUCAGUCCUUUCUAUAUGUGUUCUUGCUGUUUUGGAAUCAGAAGUUCCAAUUGAUGACUCACUUACCAUGACAUUGCUCAAGGAUGUGUUCCUUCCAAUAAAUCCACGUUUCUCUUCAAUCAUGGUUAAUGAUAAAAAUGGUGAAAAACAAUGGAAGAGAGUUGAGGUGCAGCUCCAAAACCAUGUUAACAUUCCAAUCUUUCCAAUUGGAUUGUCAACCACUUCUUAUGACAGCUACUUCAAUGAUUAUAUAUCAAGAAUAGCACUGAAGCAAUUUCCACAAAGCCAGCCUUUAUGGGAAAUUCAUCUUGUGAAAUAUCCCACCAGCAAAGCAGCUGGAAAUAUCAUUUUCAAGCUUCACCAUGCACUUGGAGAUGGCUUUUCUCUCAUGGGAGCUCUUCUUUCUUGUCUACAAAGAGCCGAUAAUCCUUCUCUUUCUUUAACAUUUCCUUCACUUCAAUUUCCUUCAAAUCCAGACUGCAGCUUUAGUAAGUUGAAUAUCACUGUACCGAAAUGUAUUAGUUCGAUCUUUAACACUAUUUCUGAUUUCGGAUGGAGCCUUCUGAAGAGUAGCUUUGUUGAGGAUUCUCGCUCACCUAUACGAUCUGGGGAUGAAGAAGUCCGGUUCAAGCCGAUUGUGAUUUCAACAAUCACAUUCUCUCUCGAUCACAUCAAACAAAUUAAGUCCAGACUUGGAGUGACGAUAAACGAUGUGAUUACUGGCAUAAUUUUCUACGGAACACGAUUAUAUAUGCAAAAUGUUGAUGAUAAAUCAACCAAUGCACAUUCCACAGCUUUGGUGUUGCUUAAUACUAGAGUCAUUAGUGGGUACAGAUCAGUAAAGGAAAUGGUCAAGCCUGAUGCUGAGUCACCAUGGGGGAACCAGUUCGGAUUCCUGCACGUUUCGGUACCUGAAUUAACUGAUUCCAGGUUUUCUAAACCUCUUGAAUGCGUCACAAUAGCGCAGGAAAUCAUCCAGAGGAAGAGAAGUUCUCUUGCUGUUAACCUCACUGGUAGGCUCCUGGAGGUUCUGAGGAAGAUUAGAGGCCCUGAGGCAACGGCCAAGUACAUCAAACAAACACUAUUCAACUCAAGCAUGACAAUCUCAAAUAUCAUUGGCCCUGUUGACAAAAUGGCUUUGGCUAAUCAUCCAAUUAAAGGCUUCUAUUUUAUGGUAGUUGGUGUGCCCCAGAGUCUUACCAUAACAAUGGUAAGUUAUGCAGGAAAGCUAAGAGUAGCUGUGGGAACAGAGAAAGGAUUUAUGGAUUCUCAAAAAUUCAAGUCCUGCAUGGAGACAGCCUUUGAAAUGAUAUUCAAAUCUUCAUGUGAAGGGUCGAAAUAAAUCUACCUCGAUAACCUUCUUUUGCCUCCUUUUUCAGCCAAAACAUAAAGUCUUCUUCCAAAUCUACAGAAGAGGAUUUGUAAGGCAUUAUUACCAUAUAUACUGAAUUAUUACAUAUAUUUCUGUUGGAUAUUGAAUAACGAUGUUAUAUGCAAUAUUGCAAUUAUUUUGCUCUCUCGAAUAUACAAUUAAGAAAUAUAUUUCUUUCUUA